AAAAUAUCGCAGAAAAUAUAUUGUAUACUAUUCCUUGAUUCCAGCGCCUUUUUAUAAAUAAACAUAUGGUUGCUAGUGUAGCCAUUUUCAAUUUUUGUUAUUAAUAAAAAACGUACUAAAAAUAAAUUGUUUUGCUACUAUUUUAAGCAAUUAUGUCAAGGCGAAUUAAAACUAAACAGCUGAUUAGCUAAAAUCGUUUAUUUGCAAAAGAAAAUCACGAUUUUUUUACAAUUUCACAAAAUAAUUAAAAAUUAUUAAUUAAAGUUUAUAUAAAACAUAAAAAUAAGUUAUGUCUAGUCGCUGGUAUCCCAUUUAUCAACGUGGAAAUCCACAAUUACGUAUUUUCUUACCCAAUUUUUGGAUGAAAUUGAUACGGCCACUAGAGGAACAACCGAAAAAUGUCGCCACAUUUUCCGUCUCGAUGGAAAACAAAUAUGAUGUUAAAAAUUAUCUAGAGAAAAUAUACAAAAUUCCCGUGGUAGAUGUGCGAACCCGUAUUGAGUUGGGCUCUACAAAACGUGAUACCACCUAUGGCUAUGUGACCAAAAAUGAUGAUAUGAAAAUAGCUUAUGUAACUAUGCCUAAAACAAUGGAAUUUACCUUCCCUGAUUUAUUUGCUAAAAAGGCAGACCAAAAGAGCGACGAGAAGGCAUUGGAUGAUUCGAAGAAGGGCUUUAGAGAUUUUCUGGAACGUAAUAAAAAGAGACCUGGUACACCAGGAUGGUAUUCAAUUUAGUUAGGAUGAUACUUGUUAAUAAACUUAAAAGAAAAUCGAAAAUUUUAAAAACGUUUUUAAUAAAAAGGUGCUCUAUGGAAGUUUGGGACAAUUGUAGAUAAUUUGAUCGAG